AUCGCUUGGCACUCGUUCAAAUAUCUUCAAAACGAAAACGCAUCAGAAAGUGUUUGACUGCAAAUCGACAUGAGUACUCCUCCCGCUAUUCGUUAAUUAAUCAAUCUUCAUUAUGUGCAAAUUAGUGUUUGCUCAAUUAGUCGGGCUAAUUUCCGUCGCCCUCUUUCGCCCGGGCCUCGCCGCCUACGGUGACCCGUUAACAAUCGGCGCUUUAUUUAGUAAGGAUAACUCUGAAGUAGAAUUAGCAUUUAAAUAUGCAGUUCAAUGGCACAACAUUUACAGUAGCGAAGGCACACACUACCUCACGGACGUAAGAAAAGUGCCGGUCAAGAAUAUGUUUACCACUAGCAAAAUAGUUUGCAACAUGACAAACACGAGACCCGGCGUCAUUGCCAUAUUUGGGUACGAAUCCGCGCGCACCUCUCCCAUGUCGCGUUCCGUCUGCAAAAAACUAGAAAUACCCUACAUCGAGACCAAAUGGAAGUCGACCAAGUACCCGCCCCUAAUCGCUUUGAAUUUUUACCCGGCCGCCGAUUUGCUUGCGGAAGGCUUCGCCACAAUACUAAGACACAUGAACUGGAAGAGCUACGCGAUCGUCUACCAGAAUGAAAAGGACCUGGUCACCUUGCAAGGCAUUUUGAAGAUACCCGAUGUUUCCGACUAUCCGGUCAUAAUUAAACAGCUGGAGCACGAUCCGGAAGGUCCCGACGCCAGGUCGAUGUUUAAGCAACUGAAAGAUGGAAGCGUCUCUAAAGUCAUCUUAAACUGUCACGUGGACGACAUACUCUCAAUUUUAAUGCAGGCGAAAGAGAUCGGAUUUUUGACAAUGUCGACGAACAUCUUCCUAACGUCCUUGGACGCGCACACGUUGGACUACGGCCCAUUAAAUACCACGGCGAACAUCACGAUGGUGCGGCUGUUCAAUCCUGCCAACGAAAAUCUGAUCAGGCACGUGCAGAGUUGGGAGGUAGGCGAGAUGAGGAGAAAUCGACAUUUCAGCGCUAGUCCAGGUACCGUGAAGACCACGAGCGCGCUAAUGAUCGACGCCGUGAAUCUCUUGAUCGAGAGCGUCAACCAUCUGCACAAAACCGAAAAGAUACGUCCGAGGCCAAUGCAUUGCGACGAAAGCGAUACGUGGGAGGGUGGAUAUCGCAUCGCCGCCUAUAUGAAAGAGCACCACCUCCCGAAUCCGAUCACGGGACCUAUACUUUUCGACGAUUUCGGACGAAGGAUUAAUUUCACUCUGCACGUUGUCGAACUGAACGCGGACGUUGUGAAGGCGACGUGGAGUCCGUCCAACGGUACGCGCUUAAACAUGACACUCUCCGCUCAGGAGAACCGUCAACUAAUUCUGAAGAGCUUGCAAAAGCAACGGAUUGUCGUCUCCUCUAAGAUUUUAGCCCCGUACCUGAUGUACCGCAACCGCUCCAACCUAAACGAGGACGUCGGGAGUAAGUAUGAAGGUUACGUGGCUGAUUUAAUCGAGAAGAUCGCCGAAGAGCUUAAAUUCACGUACGAGUUCUACCUAACGCCCGAUACCGCAAACGGCAACUACGACGAGAACUCCCAAACUUGGAACGGAAUCAUGGGCGACGUCAUAUCGGGCGUCGCCCAAUUGGGCGUAUCCGAUCUGACGGUCAACCACCAGAGGCGACAGUUUGUCGACUUUAGCAACUACUUCAUGACGCUAGGGAUCAGCAUCUUGUACAAGACGCCCGAUCAGUCCGAGGCGAACAUGUUCGCUUUCAAGGACCCUUUGUCCGACGACGUCUGGAUGUAUACCGCCACGGCGUUUCUGGGGCUCUCCAUCAUGCUGUACAUGAUUGCGCGAAUGGCACCGGGUGACUGGCAAAACCCGCAUCCGUGCGAGACGCACCCGGAAGAGCUAGAAAACAUUUGGAACCUCGGCAACUCACUCUGGUUAACAAUGGGUUCCAUUAUGACCCAAGGCUGUGAUAUCCUGCCCAAGGGAAUUUCCUCGCGGAUGGCCGUUGCUAUGUGGUGGUUCUUUUCGCUGCUAAUGACCAGCUCCUACACGGCGAACUUGGCGGCGUACCUGGCCAAGGAGCGCAUGGGUCCCUCUAUCAACAACCUCGACGACCUACUCAACCAAAAUAAGAUCAAAUUUGGCACACUAAUCAAUGGAACGACGUACGAAUUCUUCAGAACGUCCAACUAUUCGAAACACAAGGCCGUUUGGGAAAAGAUGAGCAACUUUAAACCGAGCCCGUUCGUCUCCUCAAACCCGGAGGGCGUAAAAAAGGUCUUGAACAAGAAUCAGGAGUACGCGUUCUUCAUGGAAAGUUCGACGUUAGAAUAUGAGCGUAACAAGGAAUGCGAACUAAUUAAGAUUGGCGAUUGGCUCGACUCCAAAGGUUACGGCAUUGCAAUGCCUCUAGACGCCCCCUACCGGUCCGAAAUAAACAACGCUAUUUUGAAGUUCCAAGAGAGCGGCGAAUUGCAGACGCUCAAGAACAAGUGGUGGAAGGAGCUGAACGAGGGUGAAAUUUGCGAGGAGGUUGAGUCCGAGAUAGGGGAGAUGGGCCUUAAAUUGCAAAAUGUAGGUGGCGUGUUUUGGGUGUUGGGGGUGGGGGUGGGGAUUUCGUUUAUGAUAUCCAUAGUCGAAUUUUUGUGGAAUGUGAGGAACGUUUCGGUACAAGAUCACAUUACCUACUGUGAAGCGUUGGCCGCCGAAUUUAAGUUCGCCAUCAAUUUUUGGGUGACAAAGAAAGCGGCGAGGGUGGAGGUUAAGGAACCGUCUCAAUCAAGAGAGGGGUCGGAAACUCGCAGUAUGGCUGGGAAGAUGCUUCAGGGAGCUGGGUCUUUUUUACGCUUGGAAACCAUCUUUGAUCGCAUGAGUGUCAGCAGAAACGACUAAGGGUUUUUGAUUGCGGCUGUGCUUUGUUAAUUUUGUAUGCUCAUAUAUUUGCUAAUAAAAGAUGAAAACUUGAAAAGGAGACCAAUGCGGCUGCUAUUU